AUGGCCUCGCCCGCGUCCAGCACCGGCUCUGAGCCCAAAAAAGCCUUGGAACAGAUCACUUUUCGAUUCUGCAGCGAAUGUUCCAACAUGCUGUACCCAAAAGAAGACCCCGACACCCAUCGCCUGCAAUUCGCCUGCCGCACCUGCCAAUUCUCCGAAGAAGCGACCUCCACCUGUGUAUUCAGAAAUAUCCUCAACAAUGCCGUCGGCGAGACAGCUGGUGUGACUCAAGACGUUGGAUCUGAUCCGACGCUCCCCCGAUCCAACAAGACAUGCCCGAAGUGUAAGACAGAGGACGCGGUGUUCUUCCAAUCCCAACAGAGAUCUGCGGAAACUGGGAUGAAACUCUUCUACGUGUGCUGCGGUUGUGGUCACAUUUUCUCAUGA